AUGGUUGUAAAUAAAAAGAGGGGAGAUUCAGGCUCUGCCGGGGGGGGCUUUGCCGUCGGAUCUCCCCUCGGUGAGCGGACGGGAGCCGAGCCGAGCCGCGCAGAGCCGCCCCGUCGACGACCGAGCCGAGGCAGCCCCGCAUGGAGCAGCCCAGCUCGGCGGCAAGGUAAGCCUCCGGCCGCACCAACGCACCCGGGGGGACCGGGGCUGCGCAGCGCCGGGCGGGAACCCGCCCUCCCGCCGGGCUCCCGGGCACGGCCGUCCCGUGGCGGCAGCGGGACCGGGGCGCGGGCACGGCGGGCGGGACGUGGGCGGCGGCGGGGCGGAAGGCGGCCGGCCCGGCUCCCCCCGGGCGUGGCGGCGGUUGGUUUCUCCUGGCAGCGGAGGCAGGGCCAGGCGCGGGGAGGUGGGCGCGGAGUUAGCGGCGGCGGCGCGGAGUUGGCUCCGGGCGCGGGGCGCGAGCGGCGGCAGGAGGUGAGCGGCGGAGCUGUGGGACGGGGCCGCGGGACGGCUCCGCGGGCGGCACUCCGCGGAGCAGAGCGGGCAGCCCGGGACGGGAGGCGGCGGGCGGCCCGCGCCUUUCGUUCCUCUUUGUGCUCCGCGCGCCGCGACCGGGGAGGAACUCUCGGCGGGGCCACGUGUGGCGGGCGGGGGGCGAGGCGCGGAGCCGCGCUGCCCUCUCGCUUUGCCCCCGUGCCGCGGCUCUCCCUGCGGGAAGCGGAGCGCGGCCGCGUGCGCUCGGCGGGGAAACUUUGGUCCCGGGCCGAACCGCCGCCUGCCCGCGGGGCGGGCGCGAUGCCGGGGCGCGAGGCCGAGCGGCGCGGCGCGCUGUGCCUGGGGCUGCUGUUGCACGCCCUGCUGGGCUGCGGCUCGGCGCAGCCGCCCGCCGCCUGCCCGGCCCCCUGCGAGUGCUCGGAGGCGGCCAAGACGGUGAAGUGCGUGAACAAGAACCUGACGGAGGUGCCGCCCGACCUGCCGCCCUACGUGCGCAACCUCUUCAUCACCGGCAACCGCCUGGGCCGCCUGCCCGCCGGCGCGCUGUCCGCCCCGCGCCUGGCCGAGCUGGGAAGCCUCAACCUCAGCGGCAACCACCUGCGGGCCGUGGAGGCCGGCGCCCUGGCCGCCCUGCCCGCCCUGCGGCAGCUGGACCUCGGCGGCAACCCGCUGGCGGAGCUCAGCCCGCUGGCCUUCGGGCGGGCCAGCCCGCUGGAGGAGCUGGCCCUGCGCGGGGCCCUGCGGGAGCAGGGCGCUCUCCUUGGCCUGGCCGACCUGCUGCAGGCUGGGGCCCUGCGCAACCUCAGCCGCUUGGAGCUGGCCGACAACGGGCUGCUGCUGCUGCCCACCGGCAUGCUGGGCGCGCUGCCCGCCCUGCGGCACCUGGACCUCAGCAACAACUCGCUGGUGGGGCUGCGGAACGUCUCCUUCCAGGGGCUGGUUCGUCUGCAGAGCCUCAACCUCAGCGACAACUCGCUGGGCGUGCUGCGGAACGGCACCCUGGCCCAGUGGCGCGGGCUGCCUGCCCUGCGGCGCAUCAGCCUCAGCCACAACACCUGGGUGUGCGACUGUGCCAUCGAGGACAUGGUGGCCUGGCUGAAGGAGAGCGACCAGGUGGAGGGCAAGGAGGCCCUGAGCUGCGCCUUCCCCGAGAAGAUGGCAGGCAGAGCCCUGCUGAAGCUCAACACGUCAGAGCUCAACUGCUCUGCACCUGUGGAUGUGCCCUCCCAGCUACAGACUUCCUACGUCUUCUUAGGGAUAGUCUUGGCUCUCAUCGGGGCAAUUUUCCUCCUGGUUUUGUACUUGAACCGAAAAGGAAUCAAAAAGUGGAUGCACAACAUCAGAGAUGCCUGCAGGGAUCACAUGGAGGGAUAUCACUACAGGUAUGAGAUCAACGCCGACCCCAGGUUAACAAACCUCAGCUCCAACUCGGACGUCUGACAGCGCCACGGCAGCGGCCGUGCACCAUAGCUAUGCAUGACAUAUAGACUGAUGCUUCGUCCUCGUGCUCGCUUCCCUCUCCCCAGAGAAAUCUCGGACGUGCUCGCAGCGUGAAGGGGAUAUGCCUCUGUGCGUUGCUCAUUGCCAUCCUCCCUUUGUUCCGAGACGCCGGGCAGCUGCGCAUGGUGUUGCACUGUACGCAAGAAACAAGCUGCUACUUCUCCUCUUCCUUACCAGUUCUCAUGGUGGGAAAUUUUUUCAAGAUCUCAAAAGAGAAAAGGAUACUGUGCUCCAAAGCCACCGGAGUUUAUAACAGAUACACACACACACACGCAAUUAUCAUUCAACAAAAUCUGCCUCAACUUUUUGGGAAAAAUGUUAGGUCCUCUGUGCCAGUUUUAAAUCUUGUAUAUCUGAAUUGUGAUGACAAUGUUUCCAUUUCAUAGACUUAACUUGGGAUUUAGAAAAACAAAGAAACUCCUUUUAACAAGUCCUCUGUUACAAAGAAGGAAAUCAAAUAGUGAGCCUGCACAAAUACUUCAUAGUUUAACAUGUUAGGACACUUACAGUCUCAGUGAAUCACUUACUAUUUUGUACUGUAAUUUUUGGUUGCAGUUUACCUGAAAAUGGAUUUUUUUUUUCUAUAUAAACUGCAUCUAAACUCCAUUUGAACUGUUAAAUUCAAUAAACAGUCUUGCAAGAACUUGUGUGGAAGUUUCCUGUUUAAUGAGAAGUGUAUGGACAUCUAAGAAUAACUUUAUGGGCUCUGGAAUAAUAGCCCUUCAGUGGUACUCCAAAUAAAAUGUUGUACAUGUGUAGCUUUGAGACCUAAAUGUUGAUGAUGGUUUUGUGAUGUACACUUUAAGAAUUACACUGAUUACGAUGAGAAUGGUUCCACUUGGCACAAAAGCCCUGGUCUGCUCUCUUGAGACAACUGCAAAACGUCAGGACGGAUGCGAGGGUCUGUCUAGCCGGGAAGGUACGAGCUGAAUUUACAUUAGGUCUUCUCUACCAUACUGAAAAACGUUCAGAUUAAAUAGUGGAGUUGGUAAGCUAAAGAGAAUUGUACCUGAAUGGAAUUGUUUCUUUAUAAAAGACAUCCUUGCAGAUUCUGAUUGAAAUUGGAUGCAGCUCAGUCGCGUAGUCGGUGAGCUUCAGACUUGUAAAUCAGUGCAGCACUUAGUAAAUUAAGUGCUUACUGUUUCAUUUAAAACUCUCAAUGCAGUCCUUUAGUGAUUACAUUGAGUAACUUGAUGGAACUUACAUUUAUCUUAAAACUUGUAGCAGGUACAUUCAAGAAUUGUAUUAUUUCUCAUGCUUAUUACUUGCUUGGGAAUGCAUUGUCAUGUAAAUAUAUGAAGCAUGCAAAGAAAAACUUGAAAAAUGCAUCAUCUAAUAAGUAAUUCUGGUGGCUUAUCAAAAGGUUAACAAGAACCUUUCAGACGCCACUGAUAAUUAAUGCACUUUUUCUAAUACAUUCAUAGGUUCUUGACGAAAAAUGUACACCGAGUGUGAAAGUGUAAUGUGAGUCGGUACCUUUCGGUACAGUGGUGGAGCUUUUCUCGUGGUCGCUGUUACUGGAAGCUCUCAAGAAUCUCUGAAAUAUUACGAGUUAGCAGCUAAUUUCCUUCAUUUUCAAAAGUUACAGUUUUUCUCAUAGAUAUACACCUUUUGGUAAGAGCUCAUAAAUACAAAGCAGUCCUCAAGGUAUCGGAAAAAAAUGUAAUCUAUUCUGGGCAUCAGUAUUAUUCAAAUGCAUUUUUCUCUCCUUGUAACUUCAGACACUGUCAGAGCAAGUAGCACAAGUUGGUUCAGGCUAAUUUUCUAUUGCUUUAAAUGGGCUUUAUUCAAUACCAGCUAUUUUUUUAAUGUGCUUUUAUACACUCACCCUCAAAAGUAAUAAAGAAUAUUAAGUACAAUUAAUAUUUUGAUAAAUCAAUGUAUUCUACAACUGAUGUGAGUUAGUGAUAGCCUGUUUCUGCUGCUGUAAUUUAAAUGUAUGAGCAAUACCUGAAUAACAGCAUCUGAACUUAAGUUUGUGGAUUCUUAAAUUGCUGGCCUUGAAUGUUAGCUGCACCUAUUUUAAGGAUAGUGUAAAAAGCCCAGUGUGGUUAAUUAUUACUGUGCAACUAUGCAAACUGUUCAUACUUAGCAUACAUAUAAUAGUCCAUGUAACAAGGUAGAGUUUACAACAGCUGUGCAGUGUGUCAUGUAUGUUGGAGAUUAUCAGCUUACAUUCAUCUGUACAGUACCAAGAGGAGAGGAGUGUCAUCCUUGCUCCUAUAACAUUAUGGAUAAAAUGUGUACAACCAAGCCAUUUCUUGGGCAGCGUCCUGGUUUUGGUAACACGCUUUCAAUUAACUGCAGUAGAAACCUAUUAUUUAUAGUGUGUUAAUGUAAAUAAACAUGCAUUUAUGGAACUAUGUAAGGUUAGGCAAUGACUUGAAUCGCAGUCUGUCACCACUGGACCGAGUAUUUGUAUAGUGAGCAAGUGUAACUGUUGUACCACACUUCUUAUUCUAAAGAUAAUUAUUAUUUUUGUAUCAUAGAAUGUCUUUGUAAUAGAGUUUUAUUAGAGACUUGGUGGUGGCUGCUUUAAAAUAUUUCUUUCCCGCUUGCUUACAUGUACAUUUAAUUAGGAUGUAACAGUAAGCAUGUGUCAAUAUUGUGUUGGAUAACGUUCUCCUACAGUGUUUGGCUGACAGUGAAUGCUUUGGUGUUUUGUACAAUGCAUUUGUUCUUAAAUCCCCUUCUAUAAACAGUGCUCGAAAUCUGUUAUCCCUUCCUAUUAGAAAACAGGUAUGGUGGGACUCGGAAGACAUUUAAAAAAUAGCUCCCGAAGUGCUUCAGAGCUUGGUUUAGAAGUAUAUAUUUAAAAUAACAUCAAUUUAAGGGUUCUUCUGAAGCACAUUUUCUAAUCCUAUUCUGCUGUGACACCUCAAACGUCAAUUGAUUACUAUUUCCUGAGCAGCUCAAUUAGCCAGGCUGUUUUAUUCAUACAUUCUUCAAUAAAACACGUGCAGUACUAAA